AGUCAAAGGUCAACUCAACGCUCCAAUGUUGUGAACGAAGUGGAGACUGAUGUGAAGUUUGACAGAUGAGACAGGCAAACUUUCUUCUUACAUAACAUUUGUUAGUGAUUAUAUUGGUUUUUCGAAAAGUAAGACUGUUACGUACUUUGUUAUUUGAUCACGGUCAAUUUUGCUUCACUGUAUAACGUAGUUUUACAAUGACUUUACUGACAAGCUAGCGCGAGCUAAUAGUCCGUGCUAACUGGUAGCUAGCUGCCCAUCGGCAUUCCUACUCUGGAAUUAGUGGACAUGUAACUAGUUUAUUUUUUGUAUUAUGAACGCUAGCUAUCUGCAAUUACAAAGUAAUAAUUGCAAGGAGUGAUUUAUACUUUGGUCACGUAGCUAUAACCUAGCUAUCACAACACUGGAACAAUGACACUCGCUCCGAAAGAGCUUUCUAACCUCUUAGGAAUCAUCUCGGAGGAAGCUUGCACCAACACUUUCGAAAGUUUGUCCACCGCCUUUCAUCAUUAUUUCGCUAAGGCCGAACAUUUCCGGGUUGGCUCGGUUUUGGUGAUGUUGCUGCAACAGCCGGACCUUCUGCCAAGUUCUGCCCAACGCUUGACAGCUCUCUACCUCCUUUGGGAGAUGUACCGCACAGAGCCCUUGGCCGCGAACCCAUUUGCCGCUGUUUUUGCUCACUUGUUGAAUCCCUCACCAGUUGGGGAGGAGCAGGAGAAACAGCUCUCUGGAUUCCUUCCACCCAUAACACAGCCUGAGAAGUUCUUUCUCUCCCAGCUGAUGUUGGCACCUCCAAGGGAACUUUUCAAGAAGACCCCAAGACAAGUGUCCUGUAUGGAUGUAGGAAAUAUGCCUCAGUCUAUAGACAUAAGUGGGCUCCAGUUGGCAUUGGCAGAGCGCCAGUCGGAGUUACCCACACAGAGUAAGGCCAGCUUCCCCAGUAUCCUUAAUGACCCGGACCCAGAUUCCUCUAAUUCUGGGUUUGACAGCUCAGUGGCCAAUCAGAUCACAGAGUCUCUGGUCACUGGACCUCGACCCCCGCUAGAGAGUCACUUUCGUCCAGAAUUCAUCCGGCCCCCCCCUCCGCUGCACGUGUGUGAGGAUGAGCUGGCCUGGCUGAACCCCACUGAGCCUGACCACAGCGUGCAGUGGGACCGCUCCAUGUGUGUGAAAAACAGCACCGGCGUGGAGAUCAAACGCAUCAUGUCCAAGGCCUUCAAGAGCCCUCUGUCUGCCCAGCAGCAGUCACAGGUGAGUAGACAGCUUUUGAGUGAGCUGGAGAAAGAUCCUAAGCUGGUGUACCACAUUGGCCUGACCCCUGCCAAGCUGCCAGACCUGGUGGAGAACAACCCUCUGGUGGCCAUCGAGAUGCUGCUCAAACUGAUGCAGUCCAGCCAGAUCACCGAGUACUUCUCGGUUCUAGUCAACAUGGACAUGUCCCUACACUCAAUGGAAGUGGUUAACAGGCUGACAACUGCUGUGGACCUCCCACCAGAGUUCAUUCACCUCUACAUCUCCAACUGUAUCUCCACGUGUGAACAGAUCAAAGACAAGUACAUGCAGAACCGCUUGGUGCGUCUGGUGUGUGUGUUCCUGCAGUCUCUGAUCCGUAACAAGAUCAUCAACGUGCAGGACCUGUUUAUUGAGGUGCAGGCCUUCUGCAUUGAGUUCAGCCGCAUACGGGAGGCAGCUGGUCUCUUCCGGCUCCUCAAGACCCUGGAUACAGGAGAAAACCCCCCUGAGGCAAAACCUGCCAAAUAACGCUCUCAUAGUACAUAGAGAAGAUGGCAGUAGCUUGACCUGCCAAAUAAUGCUCUCAAGGAAGUUAGCCCAGAGGAACUACCCACGUAAUAGCGCCCCAACCAAGAACUGACAUGAGGCUAUAUAACUACCCAGACAAUCCUACCAAUACCUGCCUGGAGUCCGGUUUUUAACUUGGUUACAGUUUUCCUCUUUUCUGGACCAAGAUGGACAUAUUUAGAAAGAUAAUUUUGAAAGUGUUUUUUCUCUCCCUUUUUUGCUUGUCGGUUUUCUUUGAUUAAAUGGAUAUGUAAUGAACCACGUGGGUUGUUUGCGUGACCUUUCUACUGAAACUGUUAUAAUAUAAUGUACAUGGGUGUGGUUUCUGUUUUGAAUGUCAUCUCUGUAUUUUUCAGGGAACUGCAUCGUUUCUCACCUGAGUAGGUUUUCAGUGCUGAGCAGCGGUUUGUAAGGAAACUGGUUAGUGGUCAUACAGACAGAGGUGUAUGGCAUGUGUAUAAUAUAUGGAGGAAAAACAAGACCCAGCAUUUGUUUUGUUAUUUUAAUACAAAAUAUUCAGUUUCCUUUCUUUUAUAAUGUUAGUAUGAAUGCAAAAUUGUGUUGAUUUUGCAAUGAAAACCACAAUCAAUAACAUCAAGUCAAGACAUUUCUUUGUAAAACAUAAUGCAAAGAAUUGCUUAAGUCCCUUAAAAUAUAACCAAACAGUCUAUCUUGAGUGGUGGUCUGUGUUUGCUUCACUUGAAUUCUGUUUUAGUUCUCUUUUGUACUGUGAACACAAAGCUCUUCAGGUUUCUUUGCAAUUAUUCUGGUACCAUGCUUUAUCUUACUGUAACAUUUCCAGUCACAUAACCCCUCACAUUGUUGUCUCAUUAAGACAGUGUGUGCUGAUUUAAGAAAUUAAUUGUCAAGGAUGUACAGAAAUUCUAAAAUGUGUAGAGGUUUGCAACAUAAAAUGGUAGGGCUUACUGUUUAUUCUGUUGUGGGUUUUAAACAAUGUGAUAACAGACUACAAAAUCAAUGCUAGUUUUAAGAGGAGUAGCCUACAUUGGUUAUACAAUUUGCAGUUAUAGAAUUCCAUCUGCAGUUUUUCAGCUCUUCAACCUGCUUCCAAAACUUGACAGUGUAAAUGUUACCGUUUAAUUAGAACUAUUGCCAUAAAAUCUAUCAUCUCCCUCGAUGCCAAAAUAUCAGGUUUUGCACAGUCAGUAGUGCAUUGAAUGUGUUUUGGGAAAUAAUGUUGUAAAGAUGAGAUGUGAGCACUGAAAGGACUUACACCACAAAAUAGUUUCUGUAAACUGGCAAAAGAGGUGAGUGCUCAUUUAAAGGCCAGGGCAGUGUGAGUACAAAUACUUUUUUAUUUUCACCAUAUAGGUCAAUUUUCAGGUUUAUAUAUGAAAAUACGCUUAGAUGCUG